AUGGCCGACGAAACGCCACCGGGCGAUCAUAGAAGUCCUGUCGGCAAACUGAACAACGCCAUCUCCGACUUCGCUACAUCCUAUGUGAAGAAUGAACUACAGCAAUUAACUCGAGAAAGUGACGAUGCUUUGGCGCGCAGCCACGUGCCUAAACUGCGAGCCCUCCUUAGAGAGGUCGAUAGGGAGCGCCACGCCUUCGAACAGGGCAAGGAGAAGUUAAUUUAUGAUCUGCGCAAAAAGUUGGAGCUUCUCGAGGUCGAUGCUCAAACUAUCGAGGCCACUCUCGCCGAACUUAGUCCCUUCAUCCCCAAAUACCUAAGAAUCAUCCCCAGCGCUUCGACCCUGACCGUACGGCCUCCAACGCCUCCAGUUCGAGAUAAUUAUUUCAAUACCGUCCUCAGUGCCGAUCUCAUAUCCAGUGCGCCUCCUCCUCCAGACACGCCAGUUAUUGAACAAGGGAUGCCCUCGACUCCAUCGAAGGCUCAUCGUCCGAGCCCAUCAACAAUUAAUGUUUCCCCUGGCGCAGUACCCAAUAUUGACUACCAAGUUCAGAAUCAGAUCCUGUCUGAGAACUCUACAGCCCACCAACACUCCAAGAGAGCUAGCUUAGAUGAAGAUGGCAGCGCAAGUGCGAAGAGACGAAAAGUAGAUAAAAAGGCUCUGAGUCGGAGCCAAUCAGAUAUUUUUCGCAAAAUCGCCUUUCCGAAUUUGGAGACAAAAGAACGUAUUUUCCGCCACUCGGAGCGUCCAGGCUUCUUCGUCAUUCGAUGUAAUCGACCGAAUUGCCCAACGGGAUUCUUUACGGAUCCACCAUUAGCAUAUAAUAGAGCUGUGAAGCACUUCCAAAGCCACGGGGAGGUGGGAGAGGAUGACGAGGAGCUUACGAAUGAAUACAUCUUUGAGCAUUUCGCGUGCGAAAUCGAAGGUUCUAGCCUGGUUAGUAAGUACUGGAUUAAGGAACACCUUGGUCCGGUGCCGCAUACCUUUAUCCCCGGGAAGUCAAGACCAAGAAAUAGCCAAGGCGAUUCCCCUACUUCUCGCAAGCGACAAGACGACGAUAAAAACUAUACUCCAUCUAAUAGACCGGAAAUUCAUACCGUGGAUGACUCGGAUGGAGAUGAGGACGAAGAAGACGUAGAAGUUGAAAAGCCGCGCCGCACACCUCGAAGUGUACCUCGUCCAGACUACGCAGAACUGGUUGCUAAUAAAGACCCUUGGAGUACCGUGGACCUAGACAGCGACAGGUCUAUCCCCCGUAUUAUGAAGGAGCACCGCCUGCCUACUAAUGGCAUUUCCAAGUCCUCGAGGUCUGGAAGUAGCAGAUCGUCAAGUAUUUCGAAAAGAUCCACUCCGGGCCCAUCAUCGACGAGAGCGAAGACAACGGAACCGAACCGUUUGGGUAUACCUCAGAACAAUGGCCGAGGCGAUCCGCGCCCAGCUAGAGAUAAUCGUCAUUUCCGUACACCACGUGUCUCGCUUAUUGAUGGUCACCUAUUGAAGAUCACGUUAGAUCUAAUGCGCGGAUGA